GCAAUGUGGGAGAGAGAGGCCACUUUUUAUGGCUAACGAAUAAAACAAAGUAGUUUUAUGUGGUGAGGACAAAGAGCGCCGGGCCUUUCUGUGUCAGUCAUGGAGGAGAUCAGCAAUGUAGCUGUACUCAUCACACACUCCUCCACUGUCUCCUCUUCCUCUUCUACUCCAUCAGCACUGCAGUCCCCCUCUCAAACCCAAAACCAGCAGGAAGUACAGGACACCUCCCACAGUUUUCAACAUAAACAAGCUCCUGAUUCUCUCAUCCAGGUCAUUGAGAAGCUCAGUAAAAUCGUGGAGAAACGGCCCCAGCGCCGCUGCACCUUGGCAGGACCGAAAAGAGCAUUCCAACAGGCCUCCUCUCUACAGGGAGGAGGGGGUGAAGAGGGGGCAAGGCGGAGCAGAGGAGGCUCUCCCAAUAAGAAAAUUAAGAGGAACUGUAAGGAGCAGGAGAGCAUAGAGGUGAUGAGAUUAGAUGGCAGCAUAGCUGAUGGUGCACUUUCUCCACCCGUGUCAGGUGACAGUAACAACAACAACAUCACUUCCACGGUAACAGAGGUAGGCAAUGCCAGCAGCAGCAGCAACCACAAGCGGACGGUAACAUGCUAUCAGUGCAGCCUGUGCCCCUAUCUCUCCCAAACGCUGCCUCUGCUGAAAGAGCACCUGAAGCAGCACAAUGAGCAGCACAGUGACCUCAUCCUCAUGUGCUCUGAGUGUCGCUUUACUUCCAGAGACCACGGGCAGCUGGAGGAGCAUGUCAGGCUGCACUUUGACAAUGGAGGCAACCUGAAGAGGAACUCCACUCAGUUGGAUACCUACGCUGAAGGGAAGGAAGAGGUUUUAAGAAAGCAGGAUGGGGACUGGACUGGGAGUGGUGGCAGUUUAGGAACCGAGGUCAUCAAAGGCUCAUUGGACGGUUCCAAGGAGCUACCACAGAAGAAGAAAUGGUAUAGCUACGAGGAGUAUGGAUUGUACAGGUGCCUGAUCUGCAGCUACGUGUGCAGCCAGCAGCGAAUGCUGAAGACCCACGCCUGGAAGCACGCUGGCCUGGUCGACUGCUCUUACCCCAUCUUCGAGGAUGAAGAUGGGGCUCCUACCAUGAGAGAGGCCCAGGCUGCAGCCAACACUGCCGCAACCAGAGAGGAAAUAGUUGUUCUUUCUCCUGUCCUUCAAGAUAAAAGUCUGCAAAAGCUCCCCACUUCCUUCAAGCUGCAGCUCUGUGUGCCAUUGGCUGUUGACAAUAAACAGAAUGUGUUAAAUCAUCCAGUUGCUAAUAUCAGUGAAAGUCCAAAAACGGCAGGAGAGGAGGAGGAAAGUGUGUACCCUAUCAAAGACCUGACCUCCGAGGAGCCCAUGGUGGAGGUGCAGGUGACAACGGAGGCGGAGACCGAGGUUGAGUUAGAUAGACAUCACGAUAGUACCUCUGUCACAGACAGCUUACUGUCAUCGGCCCAGAAAAUUAUCAAUAGCAGUCCUAACAGUGCCGGCCACAUUAACGUGAUUGUAGAGCGCCUUCCUUCAGCUGAGGAUUCAGUCAUGGCAACUAACCCACUUCUUCUUAGACCAGACGUGGACAGGGCUAAGAGCUUACUGCAUGCGGAGGAGGAAGAGCGUGACCACGUGGGAGCUGCGAAGGAUGAGGUGCUCCUUGGCUGCAGUGCAGGUGCUACUGACAGGCAGCCGUUAGGAGCUGAUAUUAAAUCCUCUGUCGCUAUAAGCAACUCUCCGAGGGAUGAAAACAUUCCCCCAGCUGGUCGCAAGAGGACGCAUUCUGAGUCUCUUCGCCUGCACUCACUGGCUGCUGAGGCUUUGGUAGCUAUGCCUAUGAGGACCCCUGAAUUCCCCACCUCCAGCACCAAGGUAGGAGCGAAGACCAUCACAGCCCAGGCACAGAGCCCGAAUGUGGGCCAGAAACUGGUAGAAGUGAGCACAGCUGGACAGAAGUCUUCUGACAUAGGGACAACAGCUGCUCUCUUGGACUUGGAGCUUCAUAGCGGGGGCAGGGAGGAAGAGUUGGGGUCGCUGGACCUCGGGGAGGGAGAUGAGGAGGGCCCUGCCACUAAAGCUGGCAUCAGCCUUUCACUGCUCACUGUCAUUGAAAGACUGAGAGAACGCUCGGACCAGAAUGCCUCUGAUGAGGACAUCUUAAAAGAGCUUCAGGACAAUGCACAGUUCCAAAACGGAGCCAUGGCCGGCGUGGUCACAGGAAACGGAGCUGGGAGCUACAUGCGCACCAUCCCAGGAAUGGAUGGGUUGGUUGCCUCACCUGAUGGCGGUCUUGUGGACUACAUCCCUGGCAGUGAAAGGCCAUACCGAUGCCGCUUGUGUCACUACAGCAGCGGCAACAAGGGCUACAUUAAACAGCACCUGCGGGUGCACAGGCAGAGGGAGCCGUAUCAGUGUCCCAUCUGUGAGCACAUCGCCUCAGACAGUAAGGAUCUGGAGAGCCAUAUGAUCCACCACUGCAAGACCAGGAUGUACCAGUGCAAGCAGUGCCCAGAUGCCUUCCACUAUAAGAGUCAGUUAAGAAAUCAUGAAAGGGAUCACCAUAGCUUCAGCGGGGACAUGGCAGGUCUCACACCCGUCACUGAAACUGUGGCCACAGUGGAGGAAGCUGAGCGGGUCACAGAUGAAGAAUGUCAAAUGCAGAAGAUGUAUAAGUGCGAUGUGUGCGACUACACCAGCUCUACGUAUGUCGGGGUGAGGAACCACCGGCGCAUUCAUAACUCUGACAAGCCUUAUCGGUGUUGUAGCUGUGAUUUUGCCACCACCAACAUGAACAGUUUAAAGAGCCACAUGAGGAGGCACCCUCAGGAGCACCAAGCUGUGCAGCUGCUGGAGCAGUACAGGUGCUCUCUGUGUGGCUACGUGUGCAGUCACCCUCCGUCACUCAAAUCCCACAUGUGGAAGCACGCCGGAGACCAGAACUACAACUAUGAGCAAGUUAACAAAGCCAUUAACGAGGCCAUAUCCCAGAGCAGUCGAGCUCCUCAGAAGCUGUCUGCAGUGCUGGAGUCCGUGGCAGAGCGCCCUGCUGUGGCCCAGCCCUCCAAGGACAAAGUAAAAGGCCCUGUGGAACCAGUGCCAGCACCGACAACAACAACAACAACAGCAGCAGCAGCAGUUGACCUGGCUGUGGACAGGUCAGCGGGCCUCCCCAAACCCACCACAGACCCUUCACAGUGGCCUGGUGAGUCCCCAAGCCCCCAGGGGAAGGACCCUGCACAGCUCCAGUCUCAGGCCCAGAGCCAGCCACGCACGACCCAGGCCCCUGUCCCGGGGCCCAGUAUGGAAUACUGUGUGCUCUUGUUCUGUUGCUGUAUCUGCGGCUUUGAGUCCACCAGUAAAGAGCGGCUGAUGGAGCACAUGAAGGAGCACGAGGGAGACAUCAUCAGCAUCAUUCUCAACAAGGAGCAUCAGCAGCAGCAGCAACCAGAAGCACAACCAAGCCUCCAAACAGCAGAGUCGGUUGUGGCGUCAGAGGGUUCCCGACCGUAAGGCUGCGAUAACUACUGUCCAAUCCAGACUCUCUGAACAGGUGUGGAGACAAGUGAUGAAAUGAUUUUCUGAGUGGCACAUCCUUUGAAAGGAAUGUAAAAAAAAUAGAACAGUGUUAUAAGCUGUUAAUAUUUGUAUCAAAUAAUUUGACGAUAGAGACACAGAGUGUGUCUGUAGGGAAGCGAUUCUGAUUUCAAGGGACAAACCCGAGCUCUAACCCAAGUUAGAUUUUUCACUAUACAGGGACAAGUUCAUACCUCACAAAACCACACAAUCCCUCACCAGAAAUGGAAAAAUAAAAAUAAAAAUCACAUAUUUUCCAGUUUAAUUCAUAUAUUGACUAUAAGGCAGCUUUUUUAUUGCUACUGUAAUAUUUAAUGUAUUUAAUUUGACACAGUUGAGGCUCUAGCCUUGUUCAGAAGGUACAUGUGCAAACUCACCAAUGCCUAAAGGCAUUUAUCACAGCUUGAAUAUGAUUUGAUAUUUAUCAGGUUUUUAUGCAUGUUAGUUUCCGUUAUGCCAGUUUAAAGAGGCAAAUGUUUAUUGUUAUUUGCAGUUUUUGUUUUCUUUUGUUUCUAUGAGCGACUGUAAUUUUACUUGUUGGAUUGUUUAUGAAGUCUUUAGAGGAGAAAGAAAUAGUUCUCAAAGGAGGCGUGGAAGUUGACGAGCAGAAAUUGGUUUUAGACGACUGUAGUCUUGUGGCGACAGAGGUGUUUGGUCAUGGCUGAAAAAGAAAUGGAAUGAUUAAAAGGGAAGUUAGCAUAGGCAGGGCUGUUAUUUCAAUUGUAUGGUGCCUAGAUACAUAAAAGCAGGAAAACGAUGUAAUGAAUCAGACACACCUGUUGUCACUUGAUUGUGGUGCUAGGCACACUUUAAUAGUUGUCAUUGAAGGCAUAGUCCGUUUUUUAUAGCCCAUUCAAUUUAUGAUGUAUAUAUUAACAUUUUAUAAUAAUUAUUACUCUCUUUUUUUGUCAGUGUUUUUAAAAUACAGACUUUCUAGUGUCAAACUCGACUUGAAAUGACUGCUGUCCCAGCUAAAAUACUUGCCUGAAAUAAGAAGACCUGGAAAAUAAAGUUUGGAAGGUCACAUGUGUUUGAGGUUUCUUGGCAUAGUCGACCCAUGUCCUCUCAUGUGACUGACCAGACCAGAAACAGGAGUGUGAGAUAAUUACUGCAGAGCUGAUGUUAAAAACACUCAACCUGGUACAGUGAUAAAAAUGUAGGCUUCAUGCUCACAUGUUCACUGUGAUGGGUUGGUUUUCGCUGUCUGGAGAUUUUUUUUUUUUUCAUACAGAAUAAAUGUCAGCAAACAGCUUUUUUAUUCUGAAAGGAGAAAAAUUGAAACUAAUCACCCAGAAACAUGUUAGGAACAACCAAAAUACGUCUCGCACUUUAAUGUUCAUUCAUGUCAGACUAACUGUGCCAUUCAUUCGGGAAACAAAAUAAUAAAUAAAUAAAUAAAUAAAAUGGGGUGCUUUCGUGUGGGUAACUAUAGAGCCUUACAGGAGAACAUUUCUGUUUCUGCUGCAGUUUUUGCCCAAAAACUUAGCGAUUUCAUUUCAAGAAUUUGAAAUUAACAGAAAAUUCAGUUAGAUUGAAGUCAAGGCUUAUUCUCUUAAUCCCAACAGUCUUCUAAUGUAUCGUGUAGUUCUGUCAUGCAGAGCACACCAUGUCACGUUCGUGUUCAUUCAUCAGUAUGCCAUCCCCUUCCUUCCAUCCACACAGACAGAGCUGAGGAAAUUAAGAUAAAAUGGAAUAUCCAUAAUUCAUACCCACCCACCACCGCCCUGCCUUACAUAACAACUUGAAAUUGUGUCUGCACGUGCUUGUGUAGCAUAGUGGAAAAAACGAAAUUAAAUCUCUAUCUCAAAGACCUGUUACCUGGCCUGGAAUUCUCAUUAUCGUAGCAGAUAAUUAUUGUCUGGCUUUUAAUUUACAAUCCUUCGUGGCAGAACUAAAGACCGCUCACAUGUCUGACUGAGAAAAAUAUAACACGAAAGUGAGGCUUCUGUGUCUCCUCCCAUCUCAUUAACUCACAGACACACCCCGCCCCCCUCCGUUACAUGAGAUCCUCCAUUAAUGGCUCGUAAUGACUGAGUUCCAUCAGUGAAUAAAUGAAAGCUGCUUUAAAGGAAUAAUUCUGCUUAACCUGGAUUUUAUUUUCAGUCUUUUGUCAGUCAUUUCUGUGGGCCAAUAACACUCAGCACUCACCGGGGGAAUUUCGGAGUAGGGCUGCCCCUUUUUCAGGAAAAAAUGUUUGAACUAAUUUUGUAGUAACAUGUCGUUCUCUUCGAUAAAUUCAGAUAAAUUCCACGUUCUAAACUAUGUUGUAAAACUGAUGGUUCGUUCAUUUCACUGUUCCUCCGCUGCCUCACUAAUGCGACAUACUGACAUUAUUGUAAGGCUGUUCUAUGUAACAACCAGCAGCCUUACCUUUAUCCACUUUUUUUAAUCUGUGGUGUUAAAUCUAAAAUGCUUUACUUCUCAGAUGAUUUGGUGUGAUGAUUAUCUGUGCAGCGUGGCUCACUAGUUUUCUCCAGAUUGUGUUAAUAUAGAAAACAAUAACAGCCCAGCCUACAACUACUUAGACAAACUUCAUUGGUAAAACCAAAGGUGAACAAAGUGUCUGUUGUACAGUUGUGAGCACACACAGUUUUCCUUUGCAAUCAGAGAUGCCGCAUAUCUGGGUCCAGGCCCAGGUCGUGGGGGCUACUGUCUCCCAGCUGACAAUGCACUGAAGUCCUAUGGCACCUCCCACAGGUGGUGGGCCCCCACUCUGGGUGCAGCCUGGAGUGGGGUGCAAACCCACAACCCUGAGACUGAGUCUCAUGCUCUACCAGCUGAGCUAACCGGGCGGUGCAGUCAGAGAUUAUCAACAAUAUUUUGGGUGCACUCCUUUUCUUCUUUUGCUUUUGAUACAAAUAAAGUUUUGAUAAUCUGGCUCAGCUGUUAGUUUGUAAUUUAACAACUUGUCUAUUUUUUUUUCUUGCCCCAGCUAGCGAUAUGUUUUUGUUAUUGUCAGCAAAUCCUGUGAAAGGACCAAAGCCGACAACAUGUUAGGACGUCUGUCAAUAAUUUCCAUCUUUCCUACCCCAUUUAGAACAAUAGCCCAAAGCUAUUCAUUAAACAUUUAUGAAAACCUGCCAUAAACACUUUCUGAAAAGGUUUAGCAAAUGUCAGGCAGAAAGGCUGUAAAUUGUGCAUUUACUGGGGACUAUUUUUAGCCGUGCAUUAAUUCACAUUUGGUGCGUUACAGAGUGUGAGCAGCAGCAGGGUGGUGCAUGUGGGAUUGACUCAAAUCAGAGGCAUGUCAUCCAGUGCAACAGUGUGGGCUCAUUGAUGUGUUUUUUUGCCUUUGUUUAACAGUGAGUGCAGAAAGAGGCAGAAAACACGGGAGGAGAGAAAUGAUGUAUUUUAGUUAUCUUUUUUUUUUUUUUUUUUUUUAUUUUGACAGAAAACCAGGCAGUGCAGUGUCAGCCAGAGCUGGAAAAUUUUACAAGUAGUUAGGGACUAUCCCUGUUCACUAUAGUUACACUUUCCUCAGUCAGUUAUAAUUUAUGCCACAACUACAGAAACAUAAAUCUGUGCCAUGUUAGAUCAUUUGAAAGCAAUAAGCUCUGACUGUCAUUGAAAGAAUUGUCUUUUGUUGUGGUUUAUUGUGCCUUUUAGUUUCGAGGUAUUAUUUGUUUUGAAGCUAGAAUUUUGACCUUUCUGCCAAACCUUGAGUCAAAUAUCUAAAUAUUCUAGUGAGAGACCCAGAUUUUAUUUUAACAGUCAUUGUUAUUGAAGUGGGAUUGAAAACCUUGAUCCCCUCAGCAGAUUUUCCAUGGAGACAAAUCUAUAUUUUCUUUUUAUUUAGCGGUUUGGGUGGACAACAAACAACAACAAACCAAGUCUGUGAAACAGCCCUUUCAUAUAUUAUUAUGAGCUAUUUUACCUAGUAAAGACUUGGUACUGUAUUUUAAAUUUAUAGUACCAAGAUAUGUACAUAUUGUAGAUUAAUACUGCAGAACCUAAAAACUUACUUUUUUUUUUAUAAAGAUGUAUUUUAAUGAUCUGAUUUCAAAAAACAAAAGAGAAAAACAAUGCAAAAAAAAGUUUUAGAUUAAAUCUGGGUUCUGUUCUUAUUUACUCAGUCUGUUUUGAGCUAAACACAGCAAAAUGAGCCGCGUGCGUUAAACCAAAGGAGGUGAAAACAUAUAACAUGUCUGUCCUGAUCAGUGUAUUUUUACUCAUAUUCAAUUUUGUAUUGGGGGUUCGUCAUGGAAUUGUCUUGGACAGCAGUGUGAGGUCUGCUUUAUGUUUAUUUAUUUUUAGAGCAUCAUCUGCAGUAUUAUGUCACUACUUUGCAAUUGUAUUUUUGGUAAUAAAGACUGAGU